AUGACAUUCACAUUACUUUCAUUUCUCAGUUCCGCGUUUUGGAUUCCACCUCAUCAUCUUCAACAUUUCCAACAAAUACUGAUAGGUGUACCGAGAUUAUAUCAUGUUGACUGGAAGAACGAUAGUGAUACAGAUGAUGGUGAUGAAAAUUGGGAUAAUGUUGAAGUAGUCGAAGAAGGCGACGAUGAUAGGAACGGCGGCAAUGGUGCGAAACGAGGUGAAACGAGAGUGACAGAAACUUGUGAUGGAUCGAUUGUUGAUCUUCGUCUGCAGUUGAAAAUGACGAGUCGUUAA